AUGGACCAACCAACUAACACAUCUAACCUUGAUCCGUUGGAUAAUCUUGAUUUUAUUCUCACACCCAGUAUGUAUCAAAAAAUGUAUAUACGUAUGACUAGUUUUCAAACUUACCUAUAUUUCUUUGAAGAUGUUAUUCAAUCAUCAGUAUCAACUGAAGAAAUUGGUACUCGCAUUCGCUAUGAUUAUAAUACAUGGGAAUCAUUUUAUGAGAUCGAUGUUGCAGACUUAAAUAUGACACUAUAUCCAGAUGAAUUGUUCAAAAAUUUGCUAGAUGAUAUUAGAACACUGGAACCAUCUUCUGUUCCUAGUUCUACUAUGGAUGAAAUAAGUGAAUUAUUAAACGAUGAUGCAGAUGUUUUUUCUCCAAUAGAAUCAAAUGACAUGGCUGAUCGAAUACCAAGCACUGAUGAACAUUUGGCCAUGAUUAAAUCAAGCGAUCCAGUACUACCAAUAGCUCGUCCACAUAUUGAAAAAUCACCAACAAAAAAUCUUUUCAGUACGUCAAUACCAUUAUCCACAUCGGUGGCUGUUACAGUUCCAGCACCAAAUCGAUUACUAAUUCUUCAACCAUUAGAAGAUACAUAUAGAGCGCGAUAUAAAAGUGAUUAUUUUCCACAAAGUGGCACUUCUCGACGGCCACGCUAUGUUGCUGAUAAAGUUGGAAAUCAUUAUGUUACAUUACAAAUGCCAAAUGAAUAUAAACAUGGUUUUACAAACGAAUACAUUCGUGUUGCAUUAAUAACAAUAUCAAUGGAUGAUCAUGGACAUUUUUAUAGUCCAUAUAAAUUCCAAAUAAAUCAUCGCGAUGCUAAAGUGCCGGAUCAGAAUCCUAUUUAUAUACCUGUACAAGCACAAAAAAAUAAUAAUUUUACUAUGAAACUUCAACUCGUUUUGAUUAAAUCCAAAUUAGAUCAAUUGAAUGAUGCUCAACCAUUAAUACCUUUUACGGAUACAAUUACUAACAUACAAAAUAUCAUUAAUGAAGAAAAAUUGGCACCGAAAGAUUUAAUCAAUACAUAUCAACUUGAGAAAUCACAUAUAGCAUUUACAUUAUGUACAAAAUUACCAAAUGGUUCAUAUGAUAUACAUCCUGAAACAACAGUUAUUUCAUCAGUUAUAACUGAAUCAUCAGCAAAACAAUUAGCAACAUCAAAUAAUAAAGCAGAACUUAGUAAACAUUUUUAUACAUUGAAUAUGGCUCAUAUCCAAUGGUCAGUGGAAGAAUAUAUCAGUACAACUAUAUUCGACGAUAAUGGCAUACAAAAAUCACUUGCAUUAAAUUGUGAUUCUCAAGAGGACUGCCAUGUUGCAACUGUCGAUAAUAUUUCGCUUUCAUGUGAUUCAAUAGAUUUCAUAGAUCCACGAAAUUGUGGUAUCGACAAAAGUGAACUUGAUUUAUAUUUUCCGGGACGAGAUAGUUCGACAAGUACUAAAAUCGAAACUAACGAUCAUCUUGCAUUGUCUAAUUAUAUUCCAAAUUCAUUCGAAAACCCUAUUCAUAAAGAUAUACAUAUAAAGUCAAAGUCUAGUCGUAUUCCAUUAUCUGAAUCCGUUGGUGUGACAAUAUCAAAACAACCCCAAAGUCCAUUGUGUCCAAUUGAAAUUGCUCAUGAUCUUGAAUUAAGUUAUAAACCACGAUAUAAAAGUGAUUAUUUUUCUCAAGAUGGAACGAUUCGAAAACCGCGCUAUGUGGCUGAUCGAAUUGGCAAUCAUUUUGUUACCAUCAAAGUACCAAGUGGUGUUCAAGGUUUUCUUCGAGUGGAUUGGGUCACCAUUCCAACUAAAAAAAAUAUUCGAUAUUCCAUGCCUUACAAGUUUCAAAUAAGCAACGAAUCUCCUGACGUAUCUGAUAGCAACCCAAUUUACAUACCUAUUAAGGCUGAUAGUUCAGGAAUAAUGCAACUCUAUUUAGUAUUAAUUAAAGCGAAACAAGAUGAAUUGAAAUCACUUCAACCACUCAAACCAUUUCAAGAUAUUUUUGGUGCAUCAGGUCAAGAUGACUUGAAACAAAUGUUUAUAUUAAAUCCAAAACAAUUAAUUCAAACAUAUCAAUUAGAUAAAUCUCAAUUAGCAUUUACAUUUUGCACUCUCAGUUCCAAUGGAAUAUCAUAUAUAUCUGAAUGGAAUACAACUGUCUAUUCAACUGUUCUUACAGAAAUAUCGGCUGAUAAUUCAAAAAAGAGACGAACAACUUGCCCAAAUUGCUUGCACUCAUUCGAAUUUACAAUUAUGACAUUUUUUAAUAAUGUAUAUGUCGAACGUAUAUCUGAAGAAGCACAUGGUGAUAUUUUAUCAUCUCUAAAAGAGGAAAAUGAAGUAUUAUCUGAAUUGGGCCUUGACAAUUUAUUUGAUCAAGAUUUAUUUUCAUUGGACUUUCCACUUUCUGGUGCAUGUAAUCAUUAUAAUCUCACUCAAGCUUCAGAAAAUCCUGUUGAAUCGUAUGGAUUUGACCAAUAUUUGGGACUAAAACUCCCUGAAUGUACAAAAGAUUUUUCUGUCAAACAUGAUAAUAAUCAUGCAUUGAUGAAUAAUUCGUCUACGUCAUCUGUCGAUAAUAAAAAAAGAUCAGAAUUGAAUACAAGACCAAUUGAAUUAUCACGGUCUGUUGACGUUGGUCAGUCACAAAUACCGAUAAAACCUUCGCAUAAAAUACAAAUCGUUCAUCCAUUAGAAGAGUUUUUUCGCCCACGAUAUAAAAGCGAUUAUUUUACAUACGAUGGGAAAACUCGUAAACCAAGAUAUGUGGCUGAUCGCGUUGGUAACCAUUGUGUUACACUUAAAGUACCAUUGGGUGUUUCUGGUGUGAUUCGAGUCGAUUGGCUAACAAUACCUACUGAAUCGGGUAAUCGAUAUUCUAUGCCUUAUCGAUUUCAACGAGAUAAUGUAUCACUUGAUGUAUCAGAUGCUAAUCCAGUUUAUAUAUCCAUCACGACUGACGAUGUGGGAAUAAUGAGAUUGUAUUUGGUAUUGAUUAAAUCGAAACAAGAUGAAUUAAAAGCACUUCAACCUCUCAAACCAUUUCAUCCAUUUCAAGAUGUUUUUGGUAUAUCGGAUAAACAAAGUUUGAAACAAGCACCUCCAUUACAUCCAAAGCAAUUAAUUCAAAGUUAUCGACUGGAUAAAUCUCAAUUGGCAUUCACAUUUUGUGCAUUGGGUUCAGAUGGAAAAUCUUUUAUUCCGGAAUGGGAUACAACUGUUUACUCAACGGUUCUUACUGAAAUGCCACUAGAAAUUUCCAAAAAGAGAGCACUUUCAUGUCCGCAUUGUGCUCAUGUAUUUGAUCCAACAUCGUGCGGUGAUGAUAAUGAUGAUGUUCACGAAAUAUUAAUGGAUCAACGAAAGGUAAAUCGAUCUAGUGGUGAACAAUUAAUACAAACAACAAAAAAACGAAAGUCUAUUCAAAAUGACAUCCUUGUUCUUCAUUGA